UCGCCCACCCCUGGCGCCCGUAAGGUCACGUGACUUUCUGAACAACUGACAUCAUGAUACUACUGCUCACACUAAUUGCAUUGUCACGGCUAUGUCACCAACGAGUACGAUAAUUGCGAAAAACGCUAGAAACGUCGAGACAAGCUAUAGGCGACAUCUACUUUUUCAACUUAUAAUUGCCUUAUGGCAACGUUGAACAAGUUGAUAUUGACGGCAAGUGUGUCACCGCUACCGCUACCGUUCCAUUUGAGGAAUUUACCCGGCGGCUAUGAGUGAGAAAGUCGCUUUCAGUAUUUCAAGUAGCUUCUAUUUUUUGGAAUGCCCAGGAUGGGCCUGCAGGUCUCCAGCUUGAGCCGAAUAUUGCUGGUAUAUAACGAUAGCGAAACCUAACCACUUCCAGUGCCCACAGCGUCACGGUCGUAUAUCAUUUGCAUCAUGGCUUCAUCAGGUAUCCCGCUGGAUACCGCUGCCAUCAUGUCAUUAGUGUUAGAAGGCAUUUUAUAUGGCUUUUCGGUCCUCAUGUUUGUAGGCACGAUCUGGAUAAUCGCCUACAAACGUCGCGAACGUGAGGUCAAUCGGAUAGCAGUUGCAGUUGCCACCCUGCUGUUCUUACUGAGUACUGCGCACAUGGCCGUAGGCAUCAUUCGUAUCGAAGAGGGACUAGUAAAGCAUCGUGACACAUUUCCAGGCGGCCCAGCGGCGUGGCUUGCAAACACUUACGAAGAAACAUGGAUAAUCAAGGAUACAAUACUCGUCUUACAAACUCUACUUGGCGACGGGGUGGUGAUUUAUCGAUGUUAUAUUGUGUGGCAAUCCGUGUGGAUUAUCGUUAUACCUUGCACGAUGUGGUGUGGUGUCGCAGCGUUUGGUGUUAUUACUCUCUAUGACUUUUCGCAAGCGUCAAGUAAUGAUGAUGUCUUCACUAACAAGAUUGGACAUUUAGUUGCAACGUUCAUGAUCUUGACACUUGCCACAAAUUUAAUUAGUUCAGGAUUGUUGGCAUAUCGCAUUUGGGUGAGCGAGCGCAAUGUCUCCGGAAUCCGCGCUACGAAAAGGAAGAUACCUUUACUGCGCGUGUUCAUAGAUGCUGCUAUUUUGUACUCUGCAGCGCUCUGCUCCGCACUAAUAUGCUUGGUCCUCUCGAAUAAUGGACUGUAUGUUAUGGCAGACUUGAACAUUCCGAUCAUCUCGAUUGCCUUCUACAUGGUGUUCAUUCGCAUCACGAGCAGUCGACACAACCAAGAUUACAUCUCAACUGUCCUUGGAGGGACAAGUAGAAUAGAACGCAGAAACUCGCAGCAGCAUCCUAUGCAAUCUUUGCAUGACAUGUAUAGGCAAAAUGAUACUGCAUCCUUCUUGGUCGAUAAUUCAAAAGCGCAUACAUUAGCGUAGUUAUCCUAUCUAGCUUAGUAUGCUUCUGGAUAUAUAUUAUAAUAUAAUACGAGGGCGCCUUCGGUUGGUUCAUUACAGUAGCAGGAAACUUGAAUACAAUAUUAGCGCGGUCUUGCCAGUAUUUUUCGUCUCCAAACAAACAGUCUCUUCGGUAA